UAAAUCCACUCCAGCGGCGCUCUCCACUUAAACACUGUCUGUCCUCCGCCGCUAUCCCGCCCCGGCUCGGCCCCAGGAGAAGAAGAAACGGCAGCAUCAGCAGCACCAGCCUCGCACCGCAGCACCAUCACUGCUGCUUGUCGCCUGCACGGUAACAUGGUUUACAGGGCUCGGCUGUUGUAGCCAAGGGCCACUUAGUCAGUCACUCAGCUAGUUCGGUGUGUGUGUUUGGAUGUGUGUCUAAGCAGUAAGAAGAAGAGACAGCAGCAGGCCAGUAAGCGGACGGAUCGCUCCCACACCGCUGUUCUUCAUCAAAAACAGGAAGAAGGAGCAAGCCACGCAUCCCGCAUCUCUCCCCGGCUGUCCUGAGCACCAACCCCGCUGAACCGGAACACGGAUACUCUUCUCUCCUCCGCAGACACCACCGCGGAGUAACUGGGUGUGAAAAACGGCCUGGCUAGCGUUAUAGUCGCAGUUGCUGUCAAAGAAGCCAAGAGUCCUGUCCUGCUGUCAUGGGGAAACAGAACAGCAAGCUGCGGCCAGAGAUGCUGCAGGACCUGCGAGAGAAUACUGAAUUCUCUGACCACGAGCUGCAGGAGUGGUACAAGGGAUUCUUAAAGGACUGCCCAAGUGGAACCCUGAAUGUGGAGGAGUUCAAGAAAAUCUAUGCCAAUUUCUUCCCUUACGGUGAUGCCUCCAAAUUUGCUGAGCACGUCUUCCGAACAUUUGACACCAACGGCGACGGGACGAUAGACUUCCGGGAGUUUAUCAUCGCCUUGAGUGUGACAUCACGGGGUAAACUGGAGCAGAAACUGAAAUGGGCCUUCAGCAUGUAUGACCUGGAUGGAAAUGGGUACAUCAGCCGUGAGGAGAUGCUGGAGAUUGUACAGGCCAUCUACAAGAUGGUGUCAUCUGUGAUGAAGAUGCCAGAGGAUGAAUCCACGCCGGAGAAGAGGACAGAUAAAAUCUUCAGACAAAUGGAUCUCAAUAAUGAUGGUAAAUUGUCUCUGGAGGAAUUCAUCAAAGGUGCCAAAAGCGACCCCUCCAUCGUCCGGCUACUUCAGUGCGACCCAAGCUCAGCUUCCCAGUUCUGAAAAGCCCUCCACACCCCAACUCUGCGACAGCCCUUUCUUCCUCACCGUCUCUGUUGCUAUUGAAACGGUCACUCAAAUCAAUGCAUGCUGCUUCUCGUCUCUCAUAUCAUCUUUUCUGUUAUUUUUGUGAAAUAAUUAAUGGAGAAAUUUAAGGAGGCUAAGAAAAGCCGCCACUAUUACUUCACUUUUUAUCUUUAUUUGUGAGAAGGAUUGAAGGGACAUGCAUAGGUUUGAAGAUCAGUCGAUAGUGGAGUCUACUAAUGUUCCUGAAUAUCUCUCUCUUCCUCUGGAGCAAUGGAUUCCCAGGGAAUGUUUUUUUGCAGGGUGAGGAUCAGUUUGCCCUCCAACACAUGUAUAUCAUGUAUAUACUGUACGUCUCUGUAUAUCAUAAGAUGAAGUUCAUUUGUCUUCAUGUAUGGUGCAUUCUCUAUGGCAUUGAAAGGCAGUAUUAUGUAGCGUAGCUUCCUGGUCUGAUCUAAACAGAUGGGCGGGGCAGAAAUAGAUGGGGGAGGGAUGUUAUUGGGAUUUUACUGCUAUAUGAUCUUUCGCUGUGAAAAAGAAGGCCUAAGAUCCCAUUUGGUUUUUAAAGACACACUGGCAUUUUUGUUCGUUUUUAAAUUUGCUUCUUGUUGUACAUAUUUUUCCUCUGUCACGCUGUUUUAUUUAUUUAUUUUGAUUCUUAUUGUCCUUUUACUUUGACAUGUUGUUAUAAUGACCAUGACCAUGUUCCAGUUUACAGUGAAAGAGCGAGAAAAGUCAGAUAACAAUAGUAUCUUUGGGAUUUGUGGCUUUGUUAAAGUGGAUGAUUGUAAAUUGAGGAGACUCCAUAAUGUUUAUGAUCAAUGACACCAGUAGAACAUA